CUUGGGUAGCUUAAACCUCUUGAGGCCUUGCUCUCGCUCUCUCUCUCUCUGCCUGUGUCUUUCCACUAAACCUCAGUUUAGAACCCUAGCAUCCAAAACCUCCCCGAGAAAAAAAAAAAAACACACAGAAAGAGAGACAGAGAGAGAGAGAGAGAAAAGUCCAUUAAAAGAAUGACCAAGCGAGAUGAAAGAAUGUCUGAACAGGAAGAAGAAGAAGAAACUGAAGCGGAAUCAAUGUCUGAGUCUGAGUCUGAGUCGCAGUCAGGAGGAGAAAAAUCAAAAGGAGGACUAGAUUACAUAAUGAGUCUUCCAGAUGUUCCUAUGAAACUCCCACCGCACAUGGAGGUCCAGAGAACCCGGGUCCUCUGCAACGCUGACGCUCCCAACCAUACAGAUACAAUACAGUAUUCUGGUGCUUUUGCAGCUGUUGGAGUAGAUAAUAGUUUCCGAUUGGACCAUUUCCGCGACAAAUUUAGAGUUGAAGUGACUCGAUACUCAGAUGAAGACAUGGAGUUUGAUAUGAUUGGUGUAGAUCCAGCACUUGCCAAUGCAUUUCGGAGAAUCCUCAUUGCUGAGGUUCCAACGAUGGCUAUUGAAAAAGUUCUUGUUGCAAAUAAUACAUCAGUAAUCCAAGACGAAGUUCUUGCCCACAGAUUGGGGCUCAUUCCGAUCAGUGUUGAUCCGAGGCUUUUUGAAUAUGCAGGAAAUAAUCCACUGAAUGAAAGGAAUUCCAUUGUUUUUAAACUCCAUGUUCGUUGUGAGCUAAAGAAACGCCACCGUCUUACAGUAAAAGCAAGUGACUUGAAGUGGUUACCUAAUGGGUCUGAGUUUCUGGAAUCAGAAAUCUCGAAUUCCAGUUCCUCCUCAAAACCAAAAACCUACACUUCAUUUACUUGCCGCCAAGACUCUCUGCCAGAAUUUUCCGACAAUCCAAUUGGCUUUAAGGGAAAACUUGGUGAUACUAUUAUUGCUAAACUUGGCCCUGGUCAGGAAAUUGAACUUGAAGUACAUGCCGUUAAAGGCCUUGGUAAAACACAUGCAAAGUGGUCGCCCGUGGCCACUGCUUGGUAUAGGAUGCUUCCUGAGGUUGUACUAUUGGAAGAGAUUGAAGAUGAGGUGGCUGAAAAUCUUAAAAGUAAAUGCCCAGUUGGAGUAUUUGACAUCGAAGAUGUUGCCAAUGGUAAAAAAAGGUUAACUGUGUCCCAACCACGAGCUUGCACAUUGUGUAGAGAAUGCAUCAGAGAAGGGGAAGAAUGGGAGAAACGCGUGUCAUUACGGCGUGUUAAGGAUCAUUUCAUAUUUACGAUUGAAUCAACUGGAGCAUUACCUCCCGAUGUACUAUUUACCGAAGCUGUAAAGAUUUUGGAAAGCAAGUGUGAAAGUGUGAUUUCUGAUCUCUCUUAAUAUGCCUUUUUCUUCAGAUAAUUAAAAGAGAAUGAAGUAGAGAGGACUGCAGAGGAUCUAGUUUACAUUUAUGCAUGGUUGAUUACUGAUGUUUGACAUAUUCAUAUCAAAAUAUAAAAGGCUAAUCUUUCAUGA